GCGGCCCAAUGGCGGCUGCACGUCGGCCGCAGGGAGGGGCGGGCCGAGAGCGUCAGACUUUUCCAGAAGCCCCGGAUGAGCGCCUCCCGACCACGCCGAGCUGGGCUGUGACCCGAGUUCGCUGUUCUCGGUCUGUUCCUCUGCAGCGGCGGCAGCUAUGGCGGCUGUGAAGACCCUGAACCCCAAAGCUGAGGUCGCCCGCGCGCAGGCGGCGCUGGCGGUCAACAUCAGCGCGGCACGGGGGCUGCAGGACGUGCUGAGGACUAACCUGGGGCCUAAGGGCACCAUGAAGAUGCUCGUUUCGGGCGCCGGAGACAUCAAGCUGACGAAAGAUGGCAACGUGCUGCUACACGAGAUGCAAAUUCAGCAUCCAACAGCCUCCUUAAUAGCAAAAGUAGCUACAGCUCAGGAUGACAUAACUGGUGAUGGUACUACUUCCAAUGUCCUUAUCAUUGGAGAGCUGCUGAAGCAGGCAGAUCUCUAUAUUUCUGAGGGUCUUCAUCCCAGAAUAAUCACUGAAGGUUUUGAAGCUGCAAAGGACAAGGCCCUUCAGUUUUUGGAACAAAUCAAAGUAAACAAAGAGAUGGACAGGGAAACACUCAUAGAUGUGGCCAGAACCUCUCUCCGUACUAAAGUUCAUGCUGAACUAGCAGAUGUCUUAACAGAGGCUGUAGUGGACUCCAUUUUGGCCAUUAAAAAAAAAGAUGAACCUAUUGACUUGUUCAUGGUUGAGAUCAUGGAGAUGAAACAUAAAUCUGAAACUGACACAAGCUUAAUAAGAGGACUUGUUUUGGAUCAUGGGGCACGGCAUCCUGACAUGAAGAAAAGGGUAGAAAAUGCAUACAUCCUUACAUGCAAUGUGUCAUUAGAAUAUGAAAAAACAGAAGUGAGUUCUGGCUUUUUCUACAAGAGUGCAGAAGAGAGAGAAAAACUAGUAAAAGCUGAAAGAAAAUUUAUUGAAGAUAAAGUUAAAAAAGUCAUAGAACUGAAAAGGAAAGUUUGUGGAGAUUCAGAUAAAGGGUUUAUUGUUAUUAACCAGAAGGGAAUUGACCCGUUUUCCUUAGAUGCUUUUGCAAAAGAAGGCAUAGUCGCUCUGCGCAGAGCUAAAAGAAGAAAUAUGGAGAGAUUGAUUCUUGCUUGUGGUGGAGUAGCUCUAAAUUCUUUUGAUGACCUAAAUCCUGACUGUUUGGGACAUGCAGGACUUGUCUAUGAAUAUACUUUGGGAGAAGAGAAGUUCACCUUUAUUGAGAAAUGUAACAAUCCCCGUUCUGUCACAUUGUUGGUCAAAGGACCAAAUAAGCACACACUCACUCAAAUCAAAGAUGCAAUCAGAGAUGGCUUGAGGGCUGUCAAAAAUGCUAUUGAUGAUGGCUGUGUGGUUCCAGGCGCUGGUGCAGUGGAAGUAGCAAUGGCAGAGGCUCUGAUCAAAUACAAGCCAAGUAUAAAAGGCAGGGCCCAGCUUGGAGUCCAAGCAUUUGCCGAUGCAUUGCUUAUUAUUCCCAAGGUUCUUGCUCAGAACUCUGGUUUUGACCUUCAAGAAACAUUAGUUAAAAUACAAGCAGAACAUUCAGAAUCUGGUCAACUUGUGGGCGUGGACUUGAACACAGGUGAACCAAUGGUAGCAGCAGAGGCAGGCAUAUGGGAUAACUAUUGCGUGAAGAAACAGCUUCUUCACUCCUGCACUGUGAUUGCCACAAACAUUCUACUAGUUGAUGAGAUCAUGCGAGCUGGAAUGUCUUCUCUAAAAGGUUGAACGGAAGCCUCCAACAUCUGGAUCUUGACUGCAGGAUGAUGCUGAGGAUGGAAAUGUGGACCUUUUUUCCAAGCUUCAAAUGAUGUUCAAAGGAAUCUGAAAAGAGGAUACUUGACAUCUAUUCAAAUUAUGACAUUGUGAAAUUGUAGUUACAUUAUUUUUUAAAUUGCACUGAGUGUAUCACAUAAAGCAGGUCCAGAGAGCAGGAUAUGUGUUUUGAUUUGCAGUGGUGUAAAAUUAAUAUUAGAUAAGCAUAUGUUACCUGCCUUGUUUAUUAAAUAUUCCUUGGGAAAUAUUAAUGGUUCAAUAAUUUGUGGCUGUAUUCUAACCAACAAUUUCCUAUUAAACAUUUAAGUAUUAAACUUUUCAGAAAUAA